CACACGUCAUGCUUCUUUUUGCUUUUUUCAAUCGAUGCGGAUAUGAAUUCGUAAAUGGUAAUUUGUGCUAUGGUGUUGGUUGCUUGUAGUUGUAAAUUUGCAGCCUGGGUUCGGUUAGUUAUUUUUAUAGUUUUUCACAGUUUUUAUGUGUGUUUCAUUACAAAAAUAAGCCCAUAAUUCACGAACAAAUAAAUUAUUAGUUAAUUCAAUGGCUACGGAAACUUUAGAAUCGUUUAACCAUCUCCAAAGCAAAUUGGAAGAGGCGAAAAACAGUCUCAAAGGUGUGGACGAAAAUAUAAAACGUUUAAUUGGUAGAGACCCUAGUGAUCUGCCCCCCAGGCCAGGACAAAAAAGACCUUUGGACGACAAACAUGUCCGUCAACCGUUUUCUAAGUUUAGUAGAAAUUUUGAGAAUGAUGUUGUGGCGGUAAAAAAAAGGAACCCUAUAUCAGUAUUUAAGAGGUUAUCUGAAAGAGUAUCAGAUGAGCCACUUAAACCAUCAUCCAAGGUAAUAGCUGCACCCAAAGAGAUACCCAGCAGGCAAGAUGUGUUGGACAAACAAAAUAAAGAUGAGAAGUUUAAGGCCAGAAAUAGGAGGAUGUUUGGGGCUUUGAUAGGAACACUACAGAGGUUCCAGCAGGAAGAAUCUAAGCAAAAAAGGAAAGAGGAAAAACGUACACAAAUUGAAAGGAAAAUAGAUGAACAUGAACAGCAAGAAAAGGCAGAAGUCAAAAAGGAAAGGCAAGAGUUAUUUUUGAACAGAAAGAAGAAGCAACAAGAAAUCAAGAUGAUUGAACUUAAAAUGCUGAGAAUGAGAGAAUAUGCUGCUUGGGAACAAACUCAAAAACCAAGAGCCAAUUUCAUUCUAACAAAAGCCAAACCUCAAAUACAUUAUCUACCAAGAAGAAUAGACGAUAAGUCUAGAGAACUUUUAGAGAAGGCAAAAAAAGACAUUGAUGAGCAAAUUGAAAAACGCCAACAAGAGGUUAAUGAGGAACUGAUUCACAUUGAGGAACGUAUGAAGCGAAACUUUGAAAACAAAAAUCAUAUUGAGUCUAAAGUGGAAAAGGUUAACAAUGACCGUCAUGAUCGCCGUCAAAAUCAAAGUGAUAGUGAGUUUGAGGAUGAUGGUGAUAUCAAAAUGCGGACAUUGUCUCCUGAACUUAAAGAAGAGUUGUCUCCUGAGCUUAAAGAAGAAGAAGAAAAAAAUGUGACUGAAAUUGAUAAUAAUAAGGUUGAAGAAGUGACACAAGAAGAAACUGUUGCAAAGGGUGCUAUAGUUGAUAAUAACAGUAGUGAAGAAAUGGCCACUAAUGACCAAAGUCAAAAUAACAUAAGUGAUAAUUUGGGUAAUAAUGGUGAAGCAUUAGAUGCAAAUGUGUCCUCAGAAAUAUCACCAGAAGUUCCUCAAGAAAAUAUUUGACACAUGGAGUACAGACAAAUUCAUACAAGAGUUUCUAGGUUUUCAUUUUAGAAUUAUUCUGGACUUUCUUCUUUUUAUUAGUUUAUAUGAAAUUUUCAGUUUUAUGUAGGUAUGCAUAAACACUAACUAAAAAAUAAUUGCAAAUGUUUAAUUAAGUGAUUUUUGUGUUUAGAAAAAUAUAAAUAUUGAUGUCUAUUGCUUUAUCAAUAGGUUUUCUAUUUUCAAGUCAGGGUUGUUUUUUUAA